UUGGAUUUUGGGCUUCCGCGUUCGACCGCCAAGGUCUUGCAAGACAUCAAGAGCUAUCGCGGCCGCAAGCCCCUCGGCGGUAGUGUAGUGCCGGUGCCCGGAGUGCCCGGUCUGAGCCCCGGUGUGCCGGCGGCUGCCUCGCCCUCCCCGGCCCCCCAGGCUCCUGCCGCGCCCAGCCCUUCACCAGCCACCACGCCAGCCAUGAAGCAGGAGCAUCCAAGCCAGCCCAUGGCUCCGAUGCCUUUUUACGCAGGAGAUCCUAACAGAUUUCCGACAUCAUGGCAGACUGACCCAUCACAAGGCUGGCAAAACCAAUUCAUUCAGCAAAUUCCAACGCAGGCUGGACAAACUACCCUUGACUAUCAAGGCAAUCACACGCCGUACGCCACGUCACCUCACUAUCAAGCGAACACUACGUACACCGUCCAAAAUGUUGCCACAACCUUCGAUGUAACAAGCAACACCUAUUAUCAAGCCGGAGUUCAAACCGUACCAGCACAAAGACCUCCAUCGAAUCGUGGAGCUUACACUCCAGUGCCUUCGCCAAGGGCUCCUCAUUAUGCUACGGAAUACCAACAACAGUACACCCAACAAGCUCCUACUCCAGGUGUUACAAGUGGAAGUGAUUCUCGGCCAGCAUCUGCAGCUUCAUACCAGAACUCAGUACCAACAUCAGCUGCAUCAGUCUACACCGUUAGUCAACCAAAUUAUGAACGCACGGAAUAUACAACUGAUCAUACGGAAGACUAUAGCAACGCCGAGAGUGGCACCGGUGAUUCUAAUAACGAAGGAGAUAGACAGGAACAAAACGGAACCAAUAGUCAGCAUUCGGGAAACGCCGAGCCUGGAUACCUGCAGGGGAGCAACGGUCCGCGAGCUUCACUAGACUGUAGCGGGUAUUCGGGCGCCUAUAAUAGCGGACAGUACAGGGAAAAUAGCCAAGCGCAAAACCAAAAUGACUGGCAACAACGCCAGUGGCAGCACAACCAAAGAGUUCAAAAUCAACAAAUGCAAAAUCAACAACAAAUGCAGAACCAGCAACAAAUACAGAAUCAACAGCAAAUGCAGAAUCAGCAGCAAAUGCAGAACCAGCAACAAAUACAGAACCAGCAGCAAAUGCAGAACCAGCAACAAAUGCAGAAUCAACAGCAAAUGCAAAAUCAGCAACAGUUGCAGAACCAACAACAGAUACAAAAUCAAAUUCAAAAUCAACAGCAAAUGCAGAACCAACAACAAAUGCAGAAUCAGCAACACAACCAACAACAGUUAAGCCACCAUCAACAAAACCAGCAAAUUCAGAUGCAGAACCAUCAAAAUCAGCAAAUGCAGAAUCAACAAAUGCAGCAACAAAGACAAGAUGAUUCCGAACAACAAUUGUUUUCCCAGUCAGACCGGAUAAACUUGAACUCGAGACUGAAAACGAUGAUUUUAAAUAAACAAAGCCAUACGCAAGAUGGCACAAACACGCCACCUGAUAAAGGGGACCCUGGUGAGGGUCCUCCUCGAGGAUUGGACGAUAGAAAGGGCGGUAUCUCUGCCACUGAUGACAAAAAUACUACCGGUCAUUUUUUAUCGUAUAGCCACCAUCUCCGAGAUAAUUACCGCAUAGGCGAGCAAGCUUACCCUGCCGCUGGUAAUUAUGCCCAAAAUCCUCACUCUUAUAAAGUGAGCGAGUUCGGAGGUGGUGGCCACCAAGUAUGGGAGGGCGGGACAGAAGUCCUGCGGAGUUAUGAUAAUAAACACAUCUCGUCAGUGAACGUAUCAAAAACAUCUCAAAAUUUGCCCUCGUACUCUGAUAUGAGAGGACAAUACAACCCUUACUCGAAUGUGAAUUUCGAAUCCCAAAAAUAUGCAGAAAAUUAUGCUAGUGAUAAUUUAAAUUAUAAUCAACAAGAUAGUAAAGAUUUUCAAUCUAAAAUGCUAAUAGGACCAGUAUCUGAAUUGAAUCAACAAAAUUGCAACCUUACUAGGGAUACUAACGCACAAAAAAAGGUUUUUGAAAGAGAAACCUAUGAUGCUAAGUUUAGGCAUCCAAAUGCACCUUUGAUACCUAAAUUGGAGAUACCUGACAAUUAUCAAUAUAAUAGAGAGGACAGAAUACAAUCUGACGCUAUUAGAAUGGCAAGUCAAACGCAACACCAAAAACAAAAUGAUGGAAAUUUAAAUAAUGCUUAUAGAGAGUUUCCUAAUAGAGCUCAAGCUAGACCCAAUCAAAACACUGUACUUCCACCAAUAUCGACCAUAAAGCAAGAGAACUUCGGGCAAAAACAGCAGAGCUACCAGAAUUUCCAAAACUAUCCUUACGACGGAAGACAAAAUUCAAAUAAAUCUUACGCACAAAUCCCUCGCGUCCAAGACAACAUAGGCUUCCAAAGGUAUAAUAGAAACUAUGAGCCAAAAACGCAAAAAGGCUCAGAUAGUAGAGGAAAUUCAGGUAGAAGCACACCUAUUGAUCCGAAACCACCUUUUUAUAUAGAACAAAUUAAAUCGGAACAUUCACCACCAGGACAUAAAAUUUACAAAAAUAUUAAUUAUGGACCCCCACGGGAUGACCCUUAUAUGUUUCCUGGAGAUGGUGGGCCAGUUGCAAUUAGAAAUGAAGUAGGAUAUUCAUGUUGUCGUCAAGGUUCCACGAAAAAACCGCCACCUGAACAUUUACGAGACGGUGCAUGUCCAGGUUUACAAACCAAAGAUGAAAUGUUAGAAGACGAUCUCGAUUCAUUAGAAAAGACAGAUCCUAAGAACCUUUCCAAGCCCAGUACGCCUGUUCCAGAUAAUAUAGCGAAGGUAACUAAAGAAAACCAAUUCAACUACUCAAAGGAAUAUCUUGAGAACUUAGAAAAGCUUAGAAACAGUUCAAGAACCGAGGUGCCUGAUUGCAACUGCUUCCCAGCUGAUAAAAACCCUCCAGAACCUGGAAGUUAUUAUACUCAUUUAGGAGCUGCUUCAAGUUUAGCAGAAUUAAGAAAAGAUCUGGAAUCCCGUACAGGACUGUCUGGAAAGGAACUAAGGAUAGAAAAGAUCUGUUACACGGGAAAAGAGGGCAAAACUGCCCAAGGAUGUCCGAUGGCAAAGUGGAUAAUAAGACGCGCAAAUUACACGGAGAAGGUGCUAGUGGUAGUGAAAUGCCGAAACGGCCACAAGUGCAACUCUGCAUGGAUAGUGGUAUGUCUGGUGGCGUGGGACGGCAUACCGCAGUCUGAAGCCGACCUCGACUACACGCUGCUGUCGCACAAGCUCAACCGAUACGGAUUACCAACCACCAGGCGGUGUGCUACGAACGAGAACAGAACUUGCGCAUGUCAAGGACUUGACCCGGAAACAUGCGGCGCUUCCUACAGUUUCGGAUGCUCAUGGUCGAUGUACUACAAUGGCUGUAAAUAUGCAAGAUCGAAAACCGUUCGUAAAUUUCGUCUAUCCGUUAAAACUGAAGAGGCUGAAAUCGAAGAGAGGAUGAAUGUUCUCGCAACUCUACUCAGCCCGCUGUAUAUGAAUCUCGCUCCAAAGUCCUUCGAGAACCAGUGCCAAUUCGAAAAGGAAGCUUCGGAUUGCCGAUUGGGAUUUAAGCCUGGACGUCCUUUUUCUGGCGUGACGGCGUGCAUCGACUUCUGCGCGCACGCGCACCGCGAUCUGCACAACAUGCACAACGGCUGCACGGCCGUCGUCACGCUGGCGCGCCACCGCGGACCCGCGCGCGCCGCCGACGAGCAGCUGCACGUGCUGCCGCUCUACGUGCUCGACUCCACCGACGAAUUCGGCUCGGCCGCCGGGCAGGACGAAAAGGUGCGCGCCGGUGCGCUGCAGCUGCUAGACAAAUUCCCUAUGGAAGUAAGAGUGCGAUCAGUGCCGUUGCAGCCUUGCAGAAGACACGGCAAAAAGCGUAAGGACGACGAAAACUCAGAAAGUAAUAAUACAUCCUCGAACAACAACGCGUCGCAGCAAAAUCCCAACAAUCAAAAGAAGCAACAGCAGAACACACAAGCGCCAAGAACUCCGCAACCCAACGAUAACAGAAAUAACGCGAGUCCUAAAAGCCAAAGCAGUGCGUCUCCAAGAGCUAACACUCCAGCUAUCAAUCAGUCAAACCCUUCAGUUUUCGCUAAUAACUCAUCGUACAAUUCAGCUUUCGUUAAUCCAAACUUGCACAAUAAUUCUUCCAAUCUUAUAAACCCUAAUCUGUCCAAUCCGGCAUUGUUAGAUAUGGCCUCAAUGAUCGAUAACUUCACUGACGCUCAACUACAGAGUAAUCAAAUCUCCAGCACAGUUCUAGAUUCACCUUACAACCCUUAUGAUCAAAGCUAUAAUAUACAUCAUCAAAAUAAUCUGUAUAAUCCAAACCAUGUCCCUCCACUAGUUGAAGGUAAUUGUCAAAACCCAAAUCCCAAUCAACUUCCAAGUUUCGCGUCUGGGCUACAAAAGCGAGAACAACAAUUCAGUUCUAAUCCUGGAGAUUUGCCAGCUCAAAAUCAAUGGCCUGAUUUUGCCAAUACGGAAAUAUUUAAUAACGUAGUCAAGGAAGAUCCUGACUCGACUACGGCGCAUCUAAACGGUCCAGCGAAUAAUUUCAGUCCCGAUUCAAACCGUAGUGAAACGAAUUCAGAUCAAAUUUCACAGAAGAACACAGCAGAGAACGAUAAACAGAGUCUGAUUGGUGACAUUACAAGUAAGAUGUCUGAAUUCGAUAUGCCAAAUUCUCCGCGUUUGACCGAAAUAUCACUAAAAUCACAAAAUACCCCUGAAUCUCCUGUUCCACCACAAGUUUCUGAUUUAAAAUCGCCACUCAACGAUACAUUAAUUUCGCAUGAUGCGCGCAAAAAUGUUUGGAAAUCACCUGAUUCUAAAAAUUGGGACCCGUCAAAACCCAAGGAAGCGCCUGACAACGAGAACUAUUUAUUUAGAGUCCCGAAAGCUAGGCCACCAUCGCGAUCACAACACGUCAAUCCGGCAGAUGGCAUGGAAAACUCCACAUUUCUUAAACCAUAUCCACCUUCAGAAAAGCCACAUCUCAGUCAGGGUUACGAGCAUAGAAGCCCAUAUGACAACAGAACAAAUCAAAUGCCUCAGCCUCCCACAUCACAGGCUAAUUUCACCAUAAACCAUGAAGAUAUGCAACAAAAUAUGGCUACACCCAACAAACCGCCUCAUGAGUUCACUGGAAGUAACUUUCAUCCUAUCAACCAAAACACUUUUGGGAAUCAAGCGCCUAUACAAGGCUAUGGUAAUUAUCCACAAAUGACAAAUGCUUACCCAUUUCCUCCAAGUCCAUACGGUCAUUUUAACCCGUACGAGAAUUCAUAUAACGAUUACAAUAGUAUAGCGUAUUAUAACGCUGAAAAAUACAAAAGGGAGGAAUUGAUUAGGAAUUCACAUUGCUACAAUUCAUACGGUUAUCAGUAUAGUCCGAACUUCGCUCCCAACUUCUAUCAGAAUCCAAAUCCAAAUUGGUGUCAAUCUUCGCCAAACUGGUGUCUAUAUCCGCCGCCGUUUUCUAUCCCGUAUCCACCUGAACCGCCUAAAGCUGAGCCUAUCGGAGAAGUGACUGAGGUCUCAGACAACCUUGAAUGUUUUAAAGAUAGUCAAAUGGGAGGGGUAGCAAUUGCUUUAGGACACGGUAGUGUUUUAUUUGAAUGCGCUAAACAUGAAAUGCACUCGACCACGGCAGUCAAAAAUCCAAAUAGAGUUAAUCCGACGAGAAUAUCGUUAGUUUUCUAUCAGCACAGAAAUUUGAAUCGGCCAAAACACGGUUUGGAAGAAUGGGAGGAAAAGAUGAGAUUGAAAAAACUAGGACUGAAUCCUCCAACGCCUGGAACUCCAGGGCCAAAUUCGAAUUCCGUUUCUCCUGCGUCAACACCAGGACCUGAACAAAGACAAACGCCUGGAGCAGAAAAAUGGAAGAACAAUGAGGACGCUAUACCCGGCGGUUAUAGUUCACUCGCGGCGUUGGUCGAAGCGACGAACGCUUCAAAGAAAAGUGGACAGAUUAUGUUGAGAACAGACACCCACACGACUAUGUCAUGGACGACGCUGUUCCCAAUGCACCCUUGCACUGUAACGGGACCUUACCAAGAGUCGGCCACUUGA